AUGUUUCGCCUCUACGACACCGACGGGAACGGCUCUCUGGACAGCUCCGAGCUGGAGCACAUCAUGUCACAGAUGAUGCCCGUGGCUGAGUAUCUGGAGUGGGACGUGACAGAACUCAAACCGGAGAUGAUGCAGGAGAUCGACUACGACUGCGAUGGAACUGUGUCUCUAGAUGAGUGGAUUCAGGGAGGACUGACCACCAUUCCCCUGCUCGUGCUGCUAGGACUGGAGACGAAUGUGAAGGACGACGGGCAGCACGUGUGGAGGCUGAAGCACUUUAACAAACCGGCCUACUGCAACCUGUGUCUCAACAUGUUGAUUGGGCUGGGAAAGCAGGGUCUCUGCUGUUCAUGUGAGUCUCUCUCUGGGCCUGGGGGGGAAGGGCCUCUGCUGUUCAUAGCUGACCUCUGCUUCCUCUGUCUGCUCUUAGUGCUGACCUCUGACCUACCCAUUCUUUGUCUGCCCUCAGUCUGCAAGUACACAGUGCACAAGCUCUGCGUGUCCCGGGCCCCGCCCUCCUGCAUCAAGACCUACGUCAGUUCCAAGAAGAACACAGAGCACACACUUGUUUGGCUCCAGCAGAGCUCUCUUCUCACCUCGGGCCCUCUCCCCGCUCCUCAGGUCAUGCUCCACUUCUGGGUGGAGGGAAACUGCCCGACCAAGUGUGACAAGUGCCACAAAACCAUUAAAGCGCAGCGGGACGAGCCAGAGCGCAGCGGGACGAGCCACAGAGCGCAGCGGGACGAGCCAGAGCGCAGCGGGACGAGCCAGAGCGCAGCGGGACGAGCCAGAGCGCAGCGGGACGAGCCAGAGCGCAGCGGGACGAGCCACAGAGCGCAGCGGGACGAGCCAGAACGCAGCGGGACGAGCCAGAGCGCAGCGGGACGAGCCAGAGCGCAGCGGGACGAGCCAGAGCGCAGCGGGACGAGCCAGAGCGCAGCGGGACGAGCCAGAGCCAACGGGACGAGCCAGAGCGCAGAGGGACGAGCCAGAGCGCAGCGGGACGAGCCAGAACGCAGCGGGACGAGCCAGAGGCAGCGGGACGAGCCAGAGCGCAGCGGACGAGCCAGAGCGCAGCGGGACGAGCCAGAGCGCAGCGGGACGAGCCAGAGCGCAGCGGGACGAGCCAGAGCCAACGGGACGAGCCAGAGCGCAGAGGGACGAGCCAGAGCGCAGCGGGACGAGCCAGAGCGCAGCGGGACGAGCCAGAGCGCAGCGGGACGAGCCAGAGCGCAGCGGGACGAGCCAGAGCGCAGCGGGACGAGCCACAGAGCGCAGCGGGACGAGCCACAGAGCGCAGCGGGACGAGCCACAGAGCGCAGCGGGACGAGCCAGAGCGCAGCGGGACGAGCCAGAGAGCAGCGGGACGAGCCAGAGCGCAGCGGGACGAGCCAGAGCGCAGCGGGACAAGCCACAGAGCGCAGAGGGACGAGCCAGAGCGCAACGGGACGAGCCAGAGCGCAGCGGGACGAGCCAGAGCGCAGCGGGACGAGCCACAGAGCGCAGCGGGACGAGCCAGAGCGCAGCGGGACGAGCCAGAGCGCAGCGGGACAAGCCAGAGCGCAGCGGGACGAGCCAGAGCGCAGCGGGACGAGCCAGAGCGCAGCGGGACGAGCCAGAGCGCAGCGGGACGAGCCAGAGCGCAGCGGGACAAGCCACAGAGCGCAGAGGGACGAGCCAGAGCGCAACGGGACGAGAGCCAGAGCGCAACGGGACGAGCCAGAGCGCAGCGGGACGAGCCAGAGCGCAGCGGGACGAGCCACAGAGCGCAGCGGGACGAGCCACAGAGCGCAGCGGGACGAGCUACAGAGCGCAGCGGGACGAGCCAGAGCGCAGCGGGACGAGCCAGAGCCAACGGGACGAGCCAGAGCCAACGGGACGAGCCAGAGCCAACGGGACGAGCCAGAGCGCAGAGGGACGAGCCACAGAGCGCAGCGGGACGAGCCAGAGCGCAGCGGGACGAGCCAGAGCGCAACGGGACGAGCCAGAGCGCAGCGGGACGAGCCAGAGCGCAGCGGGACAAGCCACAGAGCGCAGAGGGACGAGCCAGAGCGCAGCGGGACGAGCCAGAGCGCAGCGGGACGAGCCACAGAGCGCAGCGGGACGAGCCACAGAGCGCAGCGGGACGAGCUACAGAGCGCAGCGGGACAAGCCAGAGCGCAGCGGGACGAGCCAGAGCCAACGGGACGAGCCCAGAGCCAACGGGACGAGCCAGAGCGCAGAGGGACGAGCCACAGAGCGCAGCGGGACGAGCCAGAGCGCAGCGGGACGAGCCAGAGCGCAGCGGGACGAGCCAGAGCGCAGCGGGACGAGCCAGAGCGCAGCGGGACAAGCCACAGAGCGCAAAGGGACGAGCCAGAGCGCAACGGGACGAGCCAGAGCGCAACGGGACGAGCCAGAGCGCAGCGGGACGAGCCAGAGCGCAGCGGGACAAGCCACAGAGCGCAGCGGGACGAGCCAGAGCGCAGCGGGACGAGCCAGAGAGCGCAGCGGGACGAGCCAGAGCGCAGCGGGACGAGCCAGAGCGCAGCGGGACGAGCCAGAGCGCAGAGGGACGAGCCAGAGCGCAGCGGGACAAGCCACAGAGCGCAGAGGGACGAGCCAGAGCGCAACGGGACGAGCCAGAGCGCAACGGUACGAGCCAGAGCGCAGCGGGACGAGCCAGAGCGCAGCGGGACAAGCCACAGAGCGCAGCGGGACGAGCCACAGAGCACAGCGGGACGAGCCAGAGCGCAGCGGGACGAGCCAGAGCGCAGCGGGACGAGCCAGAGCCAACGGGACGAGCCAGAGCCAACGGGACGAGCCAGAGCCAACGGGACGAGCCAGAGCGCAGAGGGACGAGCCACAGAGCGCAGCGGGACGAGCCAGAGCGCAGCGGGACGAGCCAGAGCGCAACGGGACGAGCCAGAGCGCAGCGGGACGAGCCAGAGCGCAGCGGGACAAGCCACAGAGCGCAGAGGGACGAGCCAGAGCGCAGCGGGACGAGCCAGAGCGCAGCGGGACGAGCCACAGAGCGCAGCGGGACGAGCCACAGAGCGCAGCGGGACGAGCUACAGAGCGCAGCGGGACGAGCCAGAGCGCAGCGGGACAAGCCAGAGCGCAGCGGGACGAGCCAGAGCCAACGGGACGAGCCAGAGCCAACGGGACGAGCCAGAGCCAACGGGACGAGCCAGAGCGCAGAGGGACGAGCCAGAGCGCAGCGGGACGAGCCAGAGCGCAGCGGGACGAGCCAGAGCGCAGCGGGACGAGCCAGAGCGCAGCGGGACGAGCCAGAGCGCAGCGGGACAAGCCACAGAGCGCAGAGGGACGAGCCAGAGCGCAACGGGACAAGCCAGAGCGCAACGGGACGAGCCAGAGCGCAGCGGGACGAGCCAGAGCGCAGCGGGACAAGCCACAGAGCGCAGCGGGACGAGCCAGAGCGCAACGGGACGAGCCAGAGCGCAGCGGGACGAGCCAGAGCGCAGCGGGACGAGCCACAGAGCGCAGCGGGACGAGCCACAGAGCGCAGCGGGACGAGCUACAGAGCGCAGCGGGACGAGCCAGAAGCAGCGGGACGGGCCAGAGCGCAACGGGACGAGCCAGAGCGCAGCGGGACGAGCCACAGAGCGCAGCGGGACGAGCUACAGAGCGCAGCGGGACGAGCUACAGAGCGCAGCGGGACGAGCCAGAGCGCAGCGGGACAAGCCACAGAGCGCAGCGGGACGAGCCACAGAGCGCAGCGGGACGAGCCACAGAGCGCAGCGGGACGAGCCAGAAGCAGCGGACGAGCAGAGACGAGCCAGAGCGCAGCGGGACGAGCCACAGAGCGCAGCGGGACGAGCCACAGAGCGCAGCGGGACGAGCCAGAGCGCAGCGGGACGGGCCAGAGCGCAGCGGGACGAGCCAGAGCGCAGCGGGACGAGCCAGAGCGCAGCGGGACGAGCCACAGAGCGCAGCGGGACGAGCCACAGAGCGCAGCGGGAUGAGCCAGAGCGCAGCGGGACGAGCCAGAGCGCAGCGGGACGAGCCAGAGCGCAGCGGGACUUGAAUCACGAGAGAUUUUACUGCUUACCUCCCCUCUGCUUUCUUCCCAGCAACUGA